AUGUCCCAUACAAUUUGUGAUGUUUGCAAAAAAGUCCUGGAACUGCUAUGCAAAGUGGAGCUGAGCAGAGUCUCCAUGCCUGAAACAGAAGAAUCAAGAAGUUUUCACCUGGAGAAGAGUGAUUUAGCUCUUCUUAUUUCUUACAGCCAGUCAUGGGCUCAAAAACAGUGCACUUGCUGCUUCCGUGAUCCCAAGAACUUUGAACGCUUUAACUGUAUCCUUCAGCAAGUGCUUAUUUUGGGAAUUCAGGAACUGAAUAAAUUCUGCAGAAAACUGAAUCAUGAUCGUGAAAAAACAAUGGAAGAUCCUCAAAAGAAACAAGAGAGUGAUGACAAAGAAAACAAGUUAAACUCUUCAACUGAAAGUGAGACAUUGAAGAAAGAUGAAGAGAAUGAUGCAGAAGAUGAAGAAGAAUACAGUAUAGAAGGGAAAUUAGAAGAAACUACAUCAAAUACAGAAGUGAGUCAGUUGUCCAUGUUCUGUGAUAUCCAUGAUUCUGAAAUCCCAACUCACCUCCUCCGCAAUGUGGUCUUCUUCAUCAAACAUGGUGGGAUUCAAGUUCUUAUGCACUGCUUUGAGGGCAGAAGUCCUGAAGAACUUCCUCUCUCCAUUGCACAAUCCCUAGUCACCAUCUUCUCCAAUCUAAAGCUUUGGCUCAGUUUUCGAGCCACAGUGCAGUUUCUUGCCCCACUUCGUAGUCAGAUAUUGAGAUAUAUGUGCCGUAUGAAGGAUAGUCACCUGAAGUCAUCCAUUAGCCGAAAUAAUGCCGACUUUAUAUGGGGAGUGGUGAAGGAUCCUUUGGAUGCCCACUUGAACUUUGAUAAAGAUGGCCUAGAUUUGGCUUUCAAGUAUUUCACCAGCUCUACAUUGACUAUGCGACUUGCUGGAAUAUCUCAGAUCAACAAUCACAUCAGCCUUUUCAAUGAGCUCUAUGGUGGAGAGAGCAUUGUUGAAGCUGAAAAUUUGGCAUUGUGUCUUGCUGCAUGGCUUCAAAAUAGCCACAUUGUGGAACACAUAUUUGGACCCAACAUACAUGUGGAGGUCAUCAAGCAGAGCCAUGCAAUUCUGAAUUUUUUGGCCCUCGAGGGACGGCUUAGUAAUGAGCAAUUGGAUGUCAUCUGGGCAGCUGCUCAGCUAAAACAUUGUGGAAAGCAGGUUUAUGAGAUCCUGUCUUCCUUGAUCAAACAUCUUGAAGCUGGACCUGUGAUGCACCUCUAUGGACUCCUCUCCAAGCUUGAUCCAAAAGAACACAAUGAACAGAGCUUGUAUUUGGCAUCAUCACUGACAAAGUUCAUUUGGACGAGUGCAUUCACAUAUGGGCAUUUGCUGGCAGACAGCAGAACAACUCCAUUAACUUUGUUCCUGAAGAGGGAACUGGCUGGUCUAGGGCAAGGACAUCCCGGAGAUGGAGGAUGGAGCAGUGACCACAGUAUCAGUGUUGAUGGCAGUCAGUCAGAAGAAGAACAGGGAGAAGAAAAGAAAGGGAGUGGUCACAGUGGAGACAGUGAUUCUGAGUUGGAAAAUCAUAUUGUCACCAGCCCACAGUUCAUGCACGAUGAUUCAACACAGAUGUCUAGUUUGGGAGAUGAUGAAGAAGAGGAAGAAGAUGAAGAUGAGGAAGAAGAGGAUGAGUUGGGGAGUUCGGAAGUGGAGGGGUGUGUACGAGAAGAAAAGCAGAAAGUUGAGAAGCAUAAGAGACCUUCAACAGCUGCAAUUGAUACAAACAGUGAAAGUGAAACAGAAGCUAAGGUCUCUCCUUCACCUGAAAGAGCCAUCAGGAAGAGAGAAAAGAAAAAGAAGCAGGGAUGUGCUCCUAAGAAACCUCGAUUGCUUCAGGAGAUGUGCCCAAUUGUGACUGUGGAAGUUCAAGAAGUGCCAGAAGGAGAAGAGAUGGAGGAAAAAGGACAAGGAAAAAGAGAGGGAGGAGAAUGUGAAGUAGUAGUGAAGAACCCUGCCUUUUUUUGCCAACCAUCCCCCACACUUCAUGCUGUGCCAAGUGGAGUGAUUGGAUUGGAAAGUCCUCAAGGGAAGAAGCAGAGAGCCAUUCCAGAAAGAGGGAGUGAGGAUGUGAGUGGUGCUGUGAUCACUGAAUUGGCCACACUUGUUCAUGGAAAGAUUCCUGAACAAGAAAUUGAGUAUCAGCCUUUCAUUCCUCCACAGAGGGAAGUUGAAGAGGAUCAGGGCUCAGAGGGGACAUGCUCCUCUCGGGUCAGUGUGAAGUCAGAUCCCAACCUUGCUGAUCUGGAUGAAGACUCUGCAUGUGAAGAGGAACUUGCUCAAUUAGCAUCUCAGAAUAUGAGUGUUGGCGGUGCUCAAUUACAGCAGCAUUUGGCCAACAUGGCCUCCCUCUACCACUUACAUCGAGUGAAUGCUCAAGGACAUGGGAGUGCAUGUCAGGCACCUCUUUUGCGUCCUGAAGCCACACGCCUUUUUCCCCACCUCAGCCUCCAGAACGUCUGUCAACCUGGCAACACUCUUCUGUGGGACCUUCUGUCUGAUGAGAACAUUAUACAUCUCAGUGAGGGCUUGGCAGAAGAGGCUGAGAAGUCUCUGUGUAAUCUCUUGUGUUUCAACUCUGAGAAGUUCAUUCGAAUCAAGUUCAUCCAGGGCUGUUUGCAGAACCUUUCACAGAAUAAGAUGGUGAUAGUGUCAUUGCGCCUCCUUCCCCGCCUGUUGGCCUCUUUCACUCAGUUUCGCAGCAUGGACACUCAUGUCAUCACUCGUUGGGUGGAAAAUGAGCAUGGCAUGAUGGCCAUCUUCUUCAACAACCUUGAGGCAUAUACUAAAGUCGAAUAUGAACCUUUGAGACAGAUGUACUCACAUCAGCAGGAAAUUCAUGUGCGACUCCAAUUCCUCACAUCCAUCUAUUCCUCUGCUGGAUCUCAUGAGAGCUUCAGAUUGACACUGGAGCAGUUAGACAUUCUUUGGUCAUGUCUGGCCAAUGACCCCCUGUGUUCAGAUGAUCUCUUCACCUGGCUACUGAACCAAGCAAGAAAUAAAGAUCAGCAUGCACUCAGUCUGGCUGGGUCCAAGCACAUAUUCAUCUCAAAACUUGGGACACUGAAGCCUGAGACUGUGAGUGUGAGAGCUCUGGGCCUGAUUCAGCAACUGGUGAAUAUGGCUCGACUGUCCACUGCCACAGCUCAAGGGCUCUCUGAUUCUGCUCAGCAGCUUCUUGUUCUCACUCAAGGAAUGGAUCUCCUCUGGGCCAUUGCUCUCAAGGCUUCCAGCACAGAUGUGAGCAUGGGGAGCAUCAAUUACUUGACAAGUUACUACUUGUCAAGUCAGGGUCCACAGCUGGAGUUGGAAGAGAGUUUUAUUAGCCGUUGCAUGGCAAGCAUUGCUGGUGCUGCUGAAAAUCUGGACUUGGAUGAAGAUGCCUCUCUCUCCAUCUUGCAGAGAGCUCUUCUUCUUCUGAAGUCCCACCUUGAAGCAUUUCAUCGAAGAUAUGCAUAUCAUCUAAAACUGUGGGCUCUGGAAGGUGGAGCAGUGGGAUGUUACCAGCAUGCAUGGAGGAGUCGUGGUUCUUCUCCCCUCCGUGUGGUUGUCCAACUUGCAGGCUCCUCUGAGAAGACCACAUUUGACAUGCUUAGCACAGACUUAGUAGCUGAACUAAGAGCAGAAAUUACCAGGUGGCAUGAAAGCCUCCAGAAGAACCACAAGGAAAAGGAGGACUGUGCUGUUGAGUCAGCAACCAGCACCAUGAGUUCUGUCUUAGGCUCUCUCCUUCAUGGCAUGGAACACGGAGCAGGGUUCCGUCUUAUCACUCAGAAUCAAGAACUCCCUCUUGAAGCGGAUGAGAAGUCCAUCCAAGAGCUGGGCUUCAAGGAUCUUCAGGUGGUCAUAGUGAGCCCUUUGAGACUACCUGGAAAGAGGGGCUAUUCAGAUGAAACUGUUUCCCUCAUGGGUGGGUGGAGACGGAUGGGAUUAUCUCCAUCGUGUCAGGAUCGCCUUCCCAUGAUGUUGCUCUUGCAGCCCCUGCACUUCCAGCAACUUCUUGAUCUCAUGCAUCGACUCUCUUCCCUUCAUCAGCAGAGAUUGAACAGUGGAACUCAAAUGCGGGCCCAGAUGUUGUCUAGACGAAUCUGGGAGCUUCUAAUGCUUCUGCCCACAUCUCCAUCCCUUUUCCAAGAUUUUCAGAGCUUGAAAAAUCCUCAUCAACUCCUGGAUCCUCAGUCCCCACACAAGCUACUUUAUGGACUCUACAUUAUUGAGAGUCUUGCUCGAACUAAUCAUUAUCGUCAGGUGAAGAAGAAUGGAGAGAAGAAUGGUGAGAAAGAGGAUGAGGAGGGGGAGACAUGGAUAGAUAGAUUCUUAGAGUGCGGUGGUCUCCGGCAUCUGUUUGACAUCUUCAUGUCUGGUCAGAGAAGGAGCAUCAUCCAUAGAGUCUUACAACCUGGGGGAGGGGGCAGAGGAAGAGAUGAUGGUCAUUACUGGAAUGAAUGGAGUCAAGAAGCAUUGGCUUUCCUCCUUCAUCUUCUUUGUCAGUUUGGGGUCCAAAGCCUGGGCACAGGGACAGAUGUAGACUACAUAUUUGAAAUGACCUCUCAUAUGCCCCAUGCUGCCUCUCUCCCAAAUGUGGGUCAAAUGCCACGUAAGAAGAGCAAACGGCCUCGCAAAUCCAGUGCCGAUCGACUUCUCAUCCCCAGCCUUUCUGAUGGUUUGUUGACAAUGAUGGAAGUGAAGGGAACAUUGGACCGAUUGAUCAGCAUCCUUGAAGAUGCAUCAAUUCCUCAAGAUCCCAAUCAGUACAAGAGCAAUGUACUUGGUAGGGCACAGGUGGUGCACCAUGCAUUGAGCCUCCUGGUAUGUUGGGUUUUCUCAACUAAUGAUGUAGCUCAAAAUGCUUUUUCCCAAGCAUUUUGCCCAAGAGUCCAGAAUCUGGUCAGACAUCUGAUCCUAGAAGAUCCUGAACCAUCUGUGCGAAAGGAAGCUUGUUCUGGUUUCUACAGACUCUGUAUGGGCAUUCAGAGUGGUGGAGAGGGAAAAGGGAAAGGACGGGGUUGUACACUCCCUCUUCUUUCAAUGCUCAUUGGAUGUCUUUCUGCUGCCUGUCAGAUGAAACCUCUUUGCGUUGAUGGGGUGGGUAGCACAGGAGAAGAAGGGAAGGAACCAUAUGGUUCUAACUCAAGGGAUUAUUUUUGGCUUGUCUGUCGGCUUGUGGAUGGGUUAAAACCAGAUGAAGUCCAAGAAUUUGAUAUGGAUUCCUUAGCAAGGGAGGUGGCAAAGGCUAUCUUAACACGAGAACCCUAUGAAGCUCUUCACACCUCCAUUCAUCCAGAUGAUGGGUUGAUUGGAUUGCUGAAUCUUGAGACUGGAAUCAUGAAGUACAACCCACAGUUCAAGGCUGAUAAGGAUGGUGAAGAAUUUCUCCUACAGGUAUUUGACUGCCUUUUUGCCUUGCCCUGUCCCAAGAAGCGGUUCUUGCCAAAAUGCAAAUCCAUGGUGUCUCGAUCAUCUGCAUUUGACUUACUUGUGGAGCUUGUGAAGGGAAAUACAAGGAAUUACUCUAUCCUUCUUGAGAAGCUCAUGGAACAACAUCGUCCAGAUAGCCACGAGGUUUAUCCUUGGGACUACUGGCCCCAUGAAGAUGGUCGUUCCUCUUGCGGCUAUGUUGGGUUGACAAAUCUUGGUGCCACAUGUUACAUGGCAUCAUGCAUGCAACAUCUCUUCAUGAUGCCACAGGCACGGGCUUCCAUUCUCUCAGCAAACUGUCUCCAAGAAAGCAAGCAUGAAGCCAUGCUCACAGAGCUCCAGCGAAUGUUUGCCUACCUUCUUGAAAGUGAGAGAAAGGCCUAUAAUCCAAGAAGUUUCUGCAAGGUCUACACUAUGGAUCAUGAGCCAUUGAACACAGGAGAUCAGAAGGACAUGGCAGAAUUUUUUAUAGAUCUUGUCUCCAAAUUAGAAGAGACCAGUCCUACACUGAAGACACUUGUCAAGACCUUAUUUUGUGGUCAACUUACCAACAAUGUUGUUUCUCUUGAUUGUUCCCAUGUGAGUCGAAACAUCGAGGAGUUCUACACGGUGAGAUGCCAAGUGGCUGACAUGCGGAACAUUUACGAGUCACUAGAUGAAGUCACUGUCAAAGACACCCUUGAGGGUGAUAAUAUGUAUACUUGCUCUCAGUGUGGCAGAAAAGUGAGGGCAGAGAAAAGAGCUUGCUUCAAGAAACUACCUCGAGUUCUGUGCUUCAACACAAUGCGCUACACAUUCAACAUGGUGACAAUGAUGAGAGAGAAGGUGAACACACACUUCUCAUUCCCUCUGCACUUGGAUAUGUCUGGUUACAUGGAGAAGAACCUUAUGCCCCAUGCCAAAAACUCAGAAAAAGAGAAGGGAGAGAAGGAAGGGGAUGAGGAGGAAUCCUAUGAAUAUGAGCUCAUAGGCGUUACAGUACAUACAGGGACAGCAGAGGGAGGUCAUUAUUAUUCCUUCAUUCGAGAUCGAGCUCUCCAGCGAGACAAGUGGUUUGCCUUCAAUGAUGCUGAAGUGAAGCCAUUUGAUCCCAUCUAUCUGGCUGCUGAGUGCUUUGGUGGAGAGACAACUAGCAAAACAUAUGAUGCAGUGACAGAAAAAUUCAUGGACUUCAGCUUUGAGAAGACAAACUCAGCAUACAUGCUGUUUUAUGAACGAUGUCCACCGGGCAAGGGAGAUGGAGAAGCAGCAACAUCUGCCUCUCCUGAGAUUCCAGCUCAUCAUCAUUCUCACCUGUCCCAAGAUCCUUCUCAGUAUCCCACCGUUGAACUGAGCAAAGAGCUUGAAGAGUGGAUCUGGCAGGACAACACACAUUUUCUCAGAGACAAGAGCAUCUUUGAGCAUACAUAUUUUAACUUCAUGUGGCAGAUGUGUGGCUACAUACCCCAGAUGUUGGAGUCCAACGAUGAGAUCCUUCUGGCUGUUGCCCGUCUCUCAACCUCAUUCUUCUUGGAAACAUUCAUUCAUGCCAAGGAAAAACUUGAAACUAGUGUAGCCCAGACUCAUGUGCGACACCUGACUGAAUACUUCACAUUCCUGCUGGAAUUUGCCAAGAUGGGCUAUGUAGAGCUUCAGUAUUUGCUCUCCAUCAACUGCAUCUCUCACCUGGUCAAGUUCUUCCUAACAUACAAGAAGGCUCCAAUUGAGGUUGAAGAGAAAGAAGAAAAUGGAGAAGAGGAUGGAGAAAAUGGAGGAACUAGCACAGGGGGUAGUGGAGCAGGGGAGGAACUUUUGAUGGCCAAUGUCUCAUUGGUUGAGGAACAUCGCAUGGGAUCCCUGGAGAAAUUGUUGGCUCUUGUGUCAUAUCUGGUUGAGAAAUCUCAAGGAGAGGAUGGGAAGCUACACCUCUCAUCGGGUGACUAUUGUGCCCUUAUUGGUGGGCAUGGUGCAGGAACUCCAACAAGGAUGGAUUUCCUUUUCCUUCAGACCAAAGACAAUGUCCAUCUCAAGCACACAGCCAAUAUCAUAUUGAAUUUAGUGCGUUGGAAUGAGCCUAUGGCACUUCAAGUCAUCAAGAUGAUCUUCUCAACCAUCACCAAGCACAUUGAGUCCAGUCAGCCAUUUGUGAAACUCCUUUCCCUGUUGUGUGAAAAUGGAGGGACAUCUCCAUUCAUGCAGUUGGCUUUACAGCAUGCAUGGGAAGCAGCACAAAUCAAUGCUGUUCCUGUUCUUGAUUGGCUUGCAUUUCAGAUGCCUCGCCAUCCCAUUGCUCAUUCCUGGGCUCUGGGAACCAUGGAGAAAUGGGUUGAACAUUUCCUCAUUGCUCACUCAAACCAGCGUGUUCGAAUCAGUGCAGCAAAUCUUCUUGUAUCCAUGGUCCCAAGUGCUCACUUCCAGAAGAAUUUUCGCCUUGCUCGUGGAGUGAGUCCAAGUGUGAGAGAAUUUGGACUUACACCCGAAGCAAGACUCAUUCUACAUGAGAUUUAUGGACUCCUAUUACGUCUCCUUGGUCGGGCAGUGCACUACACUGAUGUUGAGGCUCAUGGAACAAUGAAGCUCAACACUUACUUUGCCCUCAUGAACUACUGUGUUGUCUCAAAGACAGAGAAACUCAUGUUUGGGCAAUACUUUAUGGACUUGUGGAACCUUUUUCACCCUCACCUCUCGGAUCCCUCAGUAUCCAUCCACCCAAACAAACAAGCCCUGCUUUCAUUCUGGUAUCACGUCUGUGUGGAUAGCCCUCAGAAUGUGGAUCUCAUUGUCCAGAACCCUCAAGUCUCCAAACAGCUACCCUUCAUCUACAUCCUUGCAGACCAGGAUGAACAGGAUCUUGUGAUCUUCAAUCGAUCAAUGCUGCCAGCAUAUUACGGGCUGCUGCGGUUAUGCUGUGAGAGAUCCCGAUCCUUCACACGCCAGCUAGCCCAACACCAGAAUAUGAGCUGGGCAUUUCAGUUCAUUUCACCACAUCCUACUCAAUACAGUAUGGCUGUGGAGGAGCUAUUCAAGUUGAUGCGUUUGUUUCUGAUGAGACAUGAGGACAGCACAGAGUCAGAGGUGGCAGAGAUAAACCACUUCAGGAGGUCAACACUUCAGCUGUACCUUCAAGUAUUGGAUGGAAGAUCAGGCUGGGCCACCCUCAUCAUGGCCCUCAAUAUCCUCAUUGAGACUCCUGAAGACCGCAUCUUCAUUGUCCUCCAUGGAGGAAUCAACCUCCUCUUUGAAGCAUUUGAUACCCUCCAUGUGAUGUACCAUGAGGCAACAGCAUGCCAUGUUGUUGGAGAGAUGGUACAGUUAAUGUCCAUUAUGUUGGAUUGCCUACGAUGUGCACGAGCUGUUUUUAAGGACAAUAAGGAAGUGAAGACAAUGCUCACCACAGCCAGGGGAAGGCCUGACAUCAUUCGCAAACUUGCCUACUUGCUCAAUACUUUCACUCCUCCUGAAUUUCGGCACUUUGCUAUUGAGUUGCUGAGAGAAUUAGUACUGGUUUUCCCUGGGGAGACAUUGAAUGUACUGGUCCCUUUGUUGAUGCAAUGUCAUCUAAGCUGGAGACAAGGGUCUGCAAGUGGAUCUGUGAUGAGUCAAUUAGGUCCAUUCUUUCCUCGGCGAGGACACCAAGCUCAUCCAUCUCAUCAAGCCCAAGGGAGGACUGGCCUUGUUCGACCACCUAGACCCAUCAUCCAACUUGCUCUCCCACAUUCCCUCAUUGAAGCCAAUAAGGGGGUGGACAAGGUAUAUGAUCAGCAGUUAGUGGCCUGGUAUUAUCCAUAUCAUCAAUUGGUGGAUAUGCUGUGUCGAGUGGCCAUCAAUCAGAGUCUCCUAUCCCCCAUGCUUGUCAAUCUCAAUGCCAUGGUUGGUGCUGAGGCUGUUCCUCUACACUUUUCCUUGUUCCCCAAGCUUUGGGUGGAUGUCUAUGAUGCACAAAAUGUGGAUCGGAAGUACUUGAAGUUACUCCUAGAGUCCCCCUACCUGAAGGAGUAUGUGGAGAGUCUGCUGAUGGAUGAGAGGGCCUCCUUGAACAACUCCAUCAUAUUCCGCUUCCUCUGCGUUUUCUUUCCCAAGAUGAAGGGGAGUAUUGGGAUGAGCAACCAAAUGAAGAACCUUGUUGAGAACGUGUCAGGGCUGAUAUCCCAUGAAGUGAUGGAUGAAGGAUUGAAGCUUGCUGAUGACACACACACCCUUAUGCUCACAUCAGAUCUACGUGCUCUUUACUUCCUAUGUGCCCCAGAGAAUGGAGGGAUCACACCACCAGCCUCACUCAUUGAUGCUAUACAGUCUCUGUCAGUGCACAUCCAAGCUAUCCAAGCAUCUUCCAAGAAGGAGCCAGAGGACGACAAGGAGAAGGAGGAAAAAAGGAAAGAUGAGGAUGCUAACAAGGACAAGGCCAAGAAACCUCGACUGGAGGAAGAGGAGCAGGGAGAUGGGGAGGGAGACCUUGCAUCUUCAUCCAUGUCCUCGCCAAUAGAUAUGCUUCAGUCCACUGUGAACCUCUUGAAAGAAAGUCUGUGCAGGAUCGAAGGCGAAGGGAAAGGAGAUAAGGAAUCCACAUCUGCUGCUAUCUGUGAUGAGAAAUCCCAAAUGUCAUCCAUAUCAUCGCCUCCCUCAAAGUCCACUUGAAGGGACUGAGAAUCUUGGGUGAUUAAUCUCCCAUUUCUUGCUGUGUUUUUCAUUGUAUUUUUCUAAAAAAUAGUCUAUGUUUGCAGUAUGA